AUGACGUUAGGGGAUGUGGCGCGUAAAUUAAACACUUGUGAAUCGCCUAGACCAAUUUCUCAAAUACGACAUCCGAUCUGUUUGAAUCGCAGAAAAGCUUUAUAUGACGCUUGUUUCAUAAGCGGCAAUAAGUGCAUGUCACAGGACAAAAUGAAAUUCUUCCUUAUCUUGGCUGCUGUCAUCGCCUUGGGCGCGGCGAAACCCAGUGCCUGGACUCUUCAGGAGUUGGAGGUAGCUCUGAAAGACCCUAACACCGAUCCUGCUAUAGUUCCAUACCUUCAAGUAGCUCUCAACAAGAUCAUGGAAGCGAUCCUUGCUGGAGAAACAAUUGACUCCAUUGUCGUACCAAUUCCCGGUGAUUACGUAAAACCCAUCAUUGACCCAUCACCUGCUGAAGUACCUGAAGAGGUACCCGCCCCUCAACCAAUUGUCCCCGAGCCCGAACCAGAACCACAGCCAGAAAUACGUUCUCCUUUAGUGCAAGUUAUCGUGAACGUCAAGAGCCAAAAGGACACCGCAGAAUCUCCCGCCAUCGUGCCAAGUCCCGUUGACAUUUCUGAAAACCAACCAAUUGUCAACCCUAUCGAUAUCAUCGCUAACUGA